AUGUCAAACAAGAAUUUCGGAUAUCACACUGAGGCAGAAGAAGUCGCUACUUACUUUGAAAACGAGAUCAAAGGAAAGACCGUCUUGAUCACUGGAUGCACAUUCGGUGGUCUUGGCUACGAGGCCGCAAGAGUGGUGUCCAAGCACCAUGCUGGCUUAGUCAUUGUCGCUGGUAGAAAGCAAGAGGCUCUCGACGAUGCCAUUGAGAAGAUCAAGGCAGAGACUCCUUCCGCUAACUUACGAUCCCUCGUUAUUGAUCUUGCCUCACUCGAGUCCGUCCGACAUGCUGCUGCCAAAGUCAACACCUAUCCUGAAGCUAUUGAUGUCUUGAUCAACAACGCUGCUAUCAUGGCAUCACCAUACUACACCACCAAGGAUGGAUUCGAAGCUCAAUUCGGUACCAAUCACAUCGGACCCUUCCUCUUCACCAACUUGAUCUUGCCCAAGAUUCUUGCUUCUAAGACUGGUGCUCCACGCAUUAUCAACGUCUCUAGUUUGGGCCAUUUCUUCUCCCCAGUUCGAUUUGACGAUCCUUUCUUCGAUAAUGGAAAAGCUUAUCACAAAUUUGCUGCGUACGGUCAAUCCAAGACCGCCAAUAUUUUGUUUGCUCUUGAAUUGGCGAAGCGCUACAAGUCCCAAGGUCUUGUCGCCUUCAGUCUACAUCCUGGCCGCAUCCAAACCAACCUUGGGCGCGAUCUUAGACCUGCAGAUUUUGCUGAGCCUCUUAAGGAUCACGAAGGCAAUGUGUACGACACCACCGGCGUUGAAUACAAAACCAUUGCGGAGGGAACUUCAACUCAUAUUGUUGCGGCAUUUGAUCCUAACAUUACUUCGCAAUCUGGUUCUUACCUAGUUAGUUGUCAGCUUGCCAAUAAUGAGGCCAAGGCAUAUGCCAUAGAUGAGGCUCAGGCCGAGCGGCUGUGGGAACUGAGUGAGAAAAUCAUUGGGCAGCAGUUUUAAUUGAUAACCUGCAAUUAAAAAUUUGAUCCUAGACAACAUGUCAUUAUACCUUUUCCUUCAUAGAUGAAUACAUGCAAAUUUUCCUCCGUGUACCAUUACCUUUCACUUGUACUGAA